AUGAAAUUUAAGGACGGCUUCUAUCUGCAUGAAAGACUACCCUUCUCAACGAUCACCAAGAGCCUCCGGAUUUUGAAACGCGUGAUACUGGUGCCUGUUCAACUCGUCUGGCUACGCCAUUCACGCUCGCAACGGGACUCUUCACCCUCCUUUGACUCUCAGCCCAUGGAAGUUGGUCCAAUUUGGGGUAGCGUCUAUUCGAGAGGUCGUAAAACAAUUUACUGUGCAGAAUCUACGCAGCAAGGACCCAUGGGCCAUCUGUAG